GUGAGAAGCUACUGUGAGAUAUGUGAGGGAAGCCGUUGCUUAGUCUAAGCUUGCCUUGUGUUUAUUUUUUUAAUCGAUAUUCCUACAUUGAUCAAACUCGAGGGUGUGUGAAUUUUAUCCGCGCGCGCAUUCUACAAACACCCUUGAACCGUUACGAUGACUAUUUGCCAAAAAUAUGAUACGCAGGCGUUUGGUCUCAGUGAGUUUGUGAUAUUUUGUCGGAAGGAUUGGACUAGAGAUGGAUUAUGGAGUGUUACACUGGAGCUAUCGUGAUUUCCGGCAAAUACCAGAAGAAUUGCGAACGUACUGUGUCUCGAUUGUGGAGUUGUAUUUAAAGGAAAAUUUCAUUCCUUUCAUUCCACGAUGGUUUUUUGAGGAGAUGAAAAACCUACGUUUCAUUUGUCUGGCUGGAAAUCUCAUAACUGAUAUUCCAGAGCAAAUCUCACUGAUGUUUCAGCUAGAAGAUUUGGAUCUAUCUCAGAAUGCAAUUGAGAAACUACCCAAUGCAAUGGGUAUGUUGUGCAACUUGACUCGUCUAAAGCUCAAUGAGAACAAGCUGUUGUGUUUGCCUAGGGAAAUUGGAUUCCUGCACAAAUUAGAAAUCCUUGAACUUUCGAAAAACAGGCUUUUUGAGAUUCCUAUCGAGUUAUCACGUUGCAUCAAUUUGAAGGAGUUAGUGCUGGAUGACAAUUAUCUUUUAUCUCGUAUACCUACAAAAGUGUUCACGCUGCCUCAAUUGAUAUAUUUGUCCUCGGAACGGUGCAACCUAGUGCUACUUCCGUUUGUAGUGAACGUGAAUUCUCUGGAACACUUGAAGCUGUUCAAUAAUUACACCGUUACACACUACCCAAUAGUGCUGGAGAAAUUCAUGCAACCUAAUUACGAAACAUUCAACAUCGUUGAGCGCAAUAGGGUUUCGAAAUCGUUGUAUGUCCAACGUGUGAACUGUGAAGCAUCUCCCCAUAACUUGAUUUUCCCAAUUGAGUUAUCGAAGAUCCUCGAUCGUCGGAAAACAACUCAAUUACCGAAUACGUUGGUUGAAUUGUGCUUAAGGAUGGGACAUAACAUAAAAUUAGGCGAAUCUAAUUGCUUAGAACAUUGGUUACCCAUGGAUUUAUACCGGAGAUUGCGAGAAGGGCCAAUUAGCGUAUGUGGCAGUGUUCCAUGUUCGAAAGACAUUUUCAGUGAAUGUGUGCUGGGAUUAGUGAAAAGGCGAAAAUACGCACGCAUGAUGAUGUUCAGUAUUGUUUUCUGUUCGAAACUAUGUGCAGAUCGGUGGUUCCAGUACAAUUGUGAUGUCUACGAUGAAUUAAGUUGGACAUUAGUUUGAUAUAAUGUUAUAGCGAAUUCGUUUUUGUUCAGUUUCAACCCCAGUGCCGCACUAACUGCUGUCAAAACGUUUUUUUAUUCACUCAGUUUCGCACUCAGUGUCGCACUAGUUCCCCAGCAAACAUUAAAUCGUAUAACUUUGCACAUGAUAAGUCACAUAUAAUUUCGUAUCAAAUCACAAUCGCAUAAAAUAUCAAUCAAAAUAUCGAUCAUAUAUAUCUAAAAUCGCAUAAAAUGCAAAAACACGAUUUUCCAUGUCAUCGAUGGAUUGAGUGGUAACGUUGUCGUAUCAAAUCGCAUAUCAGUCCAAAAAGCAUCGCAUAUCGUUAUAUACGGCUUUAUAUGCGUACAAAAUAUGGCAUAUACGUAUAUCGCCUCCACUUUUGUGUGUAUAUGCUAGUUAUCUGCAUCAUAUAUCAUACAAAUGUGUCUUGGUUGUAUGUAUAUCGCCUCCAAUUAUAGCUAUUCAUACGACUUAAUGUUUGCUGGGUCGCCCCGAAAGCUGUUAGUUUCGCACUGAGAUGUUUCACGGGUUGGCACUCGGGUUCACCAAUACAAAUAUACUGAACUGUCAAGUUCCGAGUAUUGUUUUGGAAAAUCUAAAAAUAGAGACUAUGAAAAUGGAAAACCUGCUGCUCUUGCUUUUGUAUUAUUUGAAUCGUAAUCCAAUUUGGAUUCUGAUUUUGAAGAAUAUAUUCGUGUAGACGGCAUUAAGCUCCGUGUGCUUUCAUUGGGAGGCGAAAAUUAUUAUGGAUAUUCAGGAGGAAUAAACAUGCUCUCAAAAUCAAAAUUAGGAAUGAAAAUUUACUUUAACGUAUCGAAUAUUUAUUUUAUGUGAUGAAAUAAGAGGGUUUUUUCCGAUAUUCCGAACAUUGAACGAAAACUGUGUCUAAUGAUGAUUUUAUAUUAUAAUAGUAAUUAUUUGUGGAACAAACAGGAAAUGCAUCGACAAAUGGUUAAGUGAGUGUCAGGACUACAUGUGUUAGGUAAUCAAACAAUAUGAAGUAAAAAUUUUCAUUCAAACUUUUAUAUUUUUACACUGCACUUGGCUCUUCUGAUCUUAUAGAGAAUACUUUACCUCCCAAGCACUAAUAUCUCCAUCAGACGUCGACACUGUACAUUUGCCGUCGCAAAUAUAAACAAAUCAGACUAUACAACGCACACCAACAAACCACCGCAUUCGUGAAACUGAAAACGUUUUUUUAUUACAGAGUCAGUGUGGCACUGACUCAGUUUUAAAAACGAAUUCGCUAUUAGUGUAAUCGAUUCAGAAACAACACAUCCAAUUCAGAUGAAGGCUUAUAUAAAAGUAAAGAAUAUAUAUAUCACAUGUUCUUGUUUUAAUAUUCACGUUAGUUUUUUCAUCAUGGUAAUUUAUGAUCAUAUUAAUUUAUAGUUGAACAUUCUGUUAUUGUAAUGCAAAUAAUUAUAUAAGAAUUUUUUUUAUUUUCACAUACCAACUUUCGGAUAGGAUUGAGCUGUAUUUAUCGUUAUUUGGUCUCAUGCAAAUGGCUUUAAUGGUACUAUUCCGCGUACGUUUAUAUUAAUGACAAUAAAUAUAGAUCAAGCAGUUGACGGUGCAGCAAAAACUGUUGUUUGGAUAGUUUCACAUUUAUUACGCUUCACAUUUCGUUGGUUCAAUACAAAAUGAGAUCGUUGAGAAUAGCUUCAUUUGGCCUCCAGUCGAGGACUUUCGGAGUUCAUUCAAAAUUCAUAUAUCAUUUGUUGAUAAUCUUUCUAUGAUGACGUCCAUUUCGAUUUAUUAUAGAAUAGCUGACCCGGCGAACUUCGUCCCACCAAUAAUGGAUAUUUUCAUUUAAAUAAUUUCGAACACUCAAGUCCCCACAGAAAUUAUUUUUCUGUACGUGAUCUAUAUUCGUGGUAUAUGAUUCUUUUUAGGCAAAUAAAUCUGAUGCAGGC